AUGACAAAGAUUAUGGUAUAUCGUUUGGCUCCGGUACUUGGUAAAAUUAUUUCAAAGGAGCAAGCGGAGUUUAUUCUAGGAAGAAGUAUUUUUGACAAUAUGGCUUUGGCACAGGAGUUGGUACAAGGAAUAAAUCGAAAGGUUCGAGGUGGGAAUGUGAUGUUGAAGAUUGAUAUGGCAAAGGCGCAUGAUCGUGUUAACUGGAAAUUCCUUAUGGAUUUUUUACAUCUUUUGGGUUUUUCUGAGAAUUGGAGGAAUUUAGUAUAUAAUGCUAUUUCUUCUCCUUGUUACUCGAUUAUGUUGAAUGGUGGCUCUAAAGGUUUCUUUCAGGCAUCGCGAGGAAUAAGGCAAGGUGAUCCACUAUCACCAUAUUUGUUUAUUUUGUCUCAGGAAAUUCUUUCGCGCAUGGUGAAUCAACAAUUCAGGAUGGGUCGAAUCAAGUGUUAUCAUUCAGGUGGCGGAACACUAAUUUCGCAUCUUUUGUAUGCGGAUGAUGUUUUGGUUUUUACCAAUGGAGGUAAGGUUGCUAUUAGAAGGAUUAUGGAAAUUUUACAUCGGUAUGAAGAGAUGUCGAGGCAAUUGACGAGUCCUACUAAAUCAACGAUUUAUUUUUCUAAUUCUAUUGGUUUGGAUCGUAAAAGGGAUAUAAAGAGGUUAUCGGAUUUUGUAGAGGGGAGUUGGCCUUGUGGUUAUCUUGGAAUUUAUGACAGGAUAAGAAGCAUUUUCUCUGAUUUUCUUUGGGGUUCCUCUUCGGAGAUUAGAAAAAGAAAAUGGGUGUCGUGGAAUGUGAUUUGUAAGCCUGUGGAAGAAGGGGGGCUUGGUGUUAGAGACUUGAUGGAGGUGCAGGAAUCUUUAUUUAUGAAAUUUGGUUGGAAAUUGUUGAAGGGAGAUUCUCUUUGGGCUGAAUUUUUUAAGAAGAAAUAUAUUGGCCAAGAUCAUGUAUAUAAGGCUAUUCAAGUGCAAAAGGGGACAAGGUUUUGGAAAGGUGUAGCAGAAUUAAUGCCGAGAGUUAUUAAAAAUUCGAAAUGGUUGGUGGGUAAUGGGAAUGUGAAUUUUUGGAUGGAUAAUUGGGUUGGUUGUGGGCCUCUUCAUGAUUUUUGUCCAGUAAUAGGGAAUAUUGGCCUUAAAGUUACAGAGGUCUUUGAUAACCGGGGUCCAAAGCUUGAGGUUAUUGGUGAUCUGGUUCCGGAUGAAGUGAUGCAAUUAAUUAAAGAAGCUGGAAUAAAGUUGAAGCCAAAUAAUUUGGAUGUGUUGAUAUGGAAGCAUACGGUGGAGGGGAAAUUUACAAUGAAAUCAGCCUGGGAGUUAUCUAGAGAAAAGGGACAAAUCUAUGAAUGGAAGAAGUGGUUAUGGCAGCCUAAUGUUCAGAAAAAAAUGUCUUUUUUCUGCUGGAGGGCUAAAAGAGGGGCUGUGCCGACGGAUGAAAGAGUGCAAUGGAUGAAUAUUCCUUUAGUGUCUAAAUGUCAGUUUUGUGUUAUUCCAGAUGUAGAAUCUUUGAAUCAUGUUUUAUGUGCAGGGCCGGAAGUUCAAAAGAAACUGGAAGGGUAUGAUGUUGUAUUGGUGGCAGAAAGCAAAGAAAAACACACAAGUGGGCUGGCUGCGAGGAGUCAUUCCUAUUAUGAUCUCAUGGGCUUUAUGGAAGUCUAG